GUUCGAACAAAUAAUAGUACGGAACAUUAGCACCACCAACGGGUGCUGUACGUACGUCCCCCCCGGCCCAUUCGCGGAAGAACCAUGGCCGAACCACAGCAUCCCGGCACGAAGCAAGGCAUCUACCUCUACCAAGACAUCGAAGUCGCGACGACGGCGUCGCCCGUGUCUGGAAGUGGCCAGAACGCGAGCACCAGUAGCCGCGGCCACGCGUCCAACGACCCCGUGACGGGGCUGCGGACCAACUUUAUGACCACGUUGCACCAGCAACAAUCCGUCGACCAUGACGAAGUCGACAAGCUCAAUAAUCCGCUCAGUCCGGCCAACGACCAAGGGCCGUUUGGGGGGCCCAAGGAGCUCCUGGCGCACCUGCCCCAGGACUUUGGGCCGGCCGCGCCCCCGUCCCACGCCAUCUCCAUUAUCGUCGGCAUUGGUGUCGGCGUCGGUCUCGGGCUCCUCUUCUACUACCUCAAAAUCGGACCCAAGUACCAGCAGCUCGUCAUGUUGCCGGGGGACCUAUUUGUUCGCGCACUGCGUUGCCUCAUGGUGCCCCUUGUGUUUUGCAUGCUCACGAUUGUCGUGGCAGAAACCGUCGCGCGGGGUCACACGUCGAUCCUGCGGUGGCGGACGCUAGUGCCGUACGUUUUGUCCACCGUAUUGGCCACCGUCCAAGGCAUGCUCUUGGCGAUUGUGUUUCAGUCGAGCUUUACGCUGUCGUCCGCCGCCGCCCUCGCGCAUCCAUCCACUAACAUUACACCCGUUAACACCCUGUUCAAUCUCACGCUACAGUGCGCGAACGGCCUCUACGUCGCCGCGUCCACCGACAACGGGACCUUGGCAUGCGCGGACGCCACUCCGACCGCGUUUCUCGCCAUGAACCGCAGCCUCGUCGUGGGCGUCCCCCUCCCCACCAAAGGAAAAGCCACGUUGGUCGAUGCACUUGUAGCGAUUGCAAACGUCAUCGUUCCCGACAACAUCUUUGCCGCGUUGUCAACGAGUGCGCUGCUCAGCAUCGUUAUGUUUACGAUCCCCCUAGGUGCCGCCGUGGCAGUGUCGGCGUCCGACGGCCAGGAUAACGUCGUACUGCAUGUGCUCCGCCAGCUGCGCAACGUGUUUAUGUCGAUGCUCAACGGGCUCUUGUGGGUCACGCCCGUCGCCAUCGCGUUCCUCCUCGCCGGCGCCGCGUGCAACAUCGACGCCCAAAGCGCCCCCACCGUGUUGUCUCAGGUGGCGGUCCUCGUCCUCGCCGUCCUCAUCGGCGCCGUCCUCCACACGGCCGUCGUCCUGCCGCUCGUGCUCUAUGCGUGGACCAAGACCAACCCGUUUGCGUUUUUGAGACACAUCAUCCCCGCCUAUAUCUUUGCGUUCGGGUGCGCGUCGUCCAUGGCGGCGAUGCCCAUGGUCAUCACGUGCAUCGAGCGGGCCAACAUCAGCCGCUCGCUGGCGCACAUCACAAUGUCGUUUGGCACCCCCUUGAAUAUGAACGCUGCGGGUAUAUAUUACCCGCUGGCGGUCGUGUUUUUAGCCAACAUGUCGGGUAACCCCCUCGCCACGAUGGAAUGGGUCGUCGUGUUCUUUGUGAGCAUCCUGGGGUCGGUGGGGACCGCCCCCGUCCCGAACGCCGCGCUCGUGUACAUGAUCACGCUGUGGCAGACCGUGUUUCCAGCCGAGCCCCUCCCCGUGUCGUUUGCGUGGAUCGUCGCCGCCGACUUUCUCUUUGACCGGAUCCGAACCGUGGUCAACGUCAACGGCAACGCUGUCGUCACCCGCAUCUUGGCCGACGACAUUGACGAGACCUUUGAAGCCCGCGCGCAACAACAUGUGUAAACAUAAUAACGUUUUUACAGGGAGAUGCAGCCAACUUUGCCAACUGUAAUCAAUCGCUGUAACCAUUGAAAUGCACUUCCAGUUCACCCCUCAGAUUACUGUUUUUGGAGGCCAGUGAUUGGAUAACCGA